ACUCUUCUUCUUCUUUCUUCCCGCUACAGCCACUUGAAAGGAAAAAAAAGGGAAACCCAGCCAUGCCUUUAAGAAACCGGUGAGAUAAGCUUGGUUUUGGCCUUCUUUUCUUGUUCAAGAGAAAGAUUGGAGCCUUGAAAUCCUUCUUCCCCUGCUGGAAAAUCCAGAUCUGCUCUGUUCUUCCUUCCUCACCGUCGGCUGCUCCUGCUUUGUGGGGGCGAAUUUCUCUGAUUUUGGGUAAGAAAUAGCCAUGAAUCUCCCUUCUCUUGCUUGAAUUGGCUUGGGUUAACUUUGAUUGCUCUUAUUUCCUUCAAUUUUGGGUAGACCCGUGAGCUUCCCUACAGCUUGCCGCCGGCCUCUUCUCCCCCUACAGCUCCGGUUUCUACAGCUGGAGAAUUAUGCAAUUAAGAGGGAUUUAAGUGUGUUUUGUUGCUUAAUUCAAGUGAGAUUUAUGUGAUUGAGUGUUAAUUGCUUGUUGUGAUUUUUGGAGAGAAAAUCCCGUGAGAUUAGCUAGUGUUUUGGCCAAUUUGUGGAAGUCGGGGGUACUGUUCACGUCGGGGUACUGUUCACGGGUACUGUUCACGGGUACUGUUCACCAACACUGUUUACACCCCGAGGGCCAACAAUUAACGGGGAUUUAAGUGAUUAGUUUGUGAUAUAAAAACGAAUUUGGAGAUGUCCGAUCAUGUGGAAAGUGAUAGAAAUAGCAUCGGGAUUAGGAGUGAUCUUAAUGAUGAUUUCAGUGUGAAUUUGUGAUAGUGGUAUUAAUUCUUGAAAUAUCUUGAUUAGGUUCUUGAUCGUCCUGUCAGUUUAGUACGUGAAUUGAGUGCUCGGUUUUAUGCGAGUGAGGUAAGUAAAUUAUGGUAACGCCCUUUGAUUUUAAAAGCAUGUUUUGAUUUGUUUUUGAAGUGGUGGCGGGACUAAACCCGUUUUACACAAGCAUGACUGAUUUGAACACAUGUCGACAUGUUAGUGAUAGAGCCGGUUCGUUCAACCCUGCUUGUGGGGGUUAUACACCAGCAAAUCGUGUGCCCGCCAGUGGGAGGUUUAUAAACGCUGGCCGUGACCUAUAGAGGAGACGUCUAUUUCGUUCCCGAAAUGAAACCGAGGACGGGGAAACCACGGGAAGUGAUGAGUUAGAAGGCUAGCCAUUUUGUAAAGUGAAUAUAGAUUUGAGAUAUAGAUCAUGAUCUUGUAUUUGGAGAUUUUAUGAUAUUAGAGAAAUUAUAAAGAUUUGAUCUUCAGAUUUUGGUGGUAUCAGAGUGUGAUAUGAUAAGUUUCGAGCCUUGUGCACUUGUGGGACCCGUCUCACGAGUGUACGGCGUCUGUCGCGCUUCGAAUUUGGGU